UGCAAUGGCAAUUUUGUGACACCGGCUCAGGCGUUCUAUUGUAACUUCUGACAUUUUUUCGAAUAAUUUCAAGAAAUAAAGUGACAUUUACAAGGAUUUCAGAAAAAUGAACGGUUUAGGAAGAACCGCCACCCGGCUAAUACAAAACUGCGUCAAAAACACAACGUUGACUGGUGCCUUAGUGAAUCGCGCCCAGGCUCCCGUAAAACGUGAUUUCACCAGGGGAAUAUGGCACAUGAGCUGUUCGCAGAGGAUGGAUGGGUCCGCCACCACUUCAACCCUUCUGCACAAUCACUCCAACACAUGCAGCUGCGGUUGUGGCAUGAAAGCCCUCCACACAAAAGAAACUGAAGUUGAUCCAUCGACUUCCCAACUAAAACCCAGGCCCCUUGGUGAGAGAGAGCUGGUAGAGUUCCUGACUGAAGAGAUUGUCGCCGAGCGCAAAGCACAGAAAGUGAAGGUGCUACCAGCAGAACUUGAAGGUUUUGUUGUCUGUGGAGACGGUGCUGAGGUUGUGCUGUCCAAGAAACUUAAGGAUGAACUUGUCAGAAUCACUUUCAAUGUGAACCACACAGUGGACUCAGAUGACUUGGAGGGAGAGGUGCAGCCAGAGAAGCAGGAGUUUGCAGAGAUGAGGUCACGGCCUCAGUUCGAGGUUGACCUGGUCCGCGGAGACACCACACUUGGGUUCACCUGCUCAUACCUGCAGGAGCCACCACCAGCUGCUGGAGCUGAUGAGUACAAUGAUGUGUUUGGUAUCGAUGAGGUGACCAUCUACAAGGGAGAAUGGAACGACAAAGUGUACGCCGUCGCCGGAGACGUACUUGACGGGUAUCUUUACGACCUUUUGAUGAACCUGCUAGAAGAGAAAGGCAUCAGCAACGAGUUUGUGAACAAACUAUCGGACUUCAGCACGGCGUACGAGCACAGCGCAUACAUCAAGCUCCUUGAAUCUGUGUCCCAAUUCACCAUUGGAAAGUAAUACUAGUAACCCCUAUCUCUGAAAUAAGAACCAUAGGAUCAAAAAUAUGAACAGCUACAAAAUUCAGCCAAAUUUUAUUGAAAUAUCCAUGCAGUUUGGAUGUUAUGUUGUUCCUGUAACUCCAUGUAUGUUGAACAUACAGUAUUCUUUUUGUUAUUACAUAUAAAGUUUUGAGUCUUAUUUUAUCAAUCAACUUUGUUGUGUAACUUUCCAAGAUCCCAUACAGAAGUCAACCGAAUUUAAAUAUUUCUGUGAGAUGUGUCAUAGUAGUAGAGUUAACUGAAAUUUAUUGUAGUUGCUCGCAAUUGUUCAGUCAAAUUCUUGAAAUAUUUUAACAAGCAACUCUCGAACUUGAGGCUGCAAGGAGUGAAGCAUUUAUGCUGUAGACAGCUUUAAAAUAAUUUAGUUGUGUCAUGGUGAUGUUUUGUUUAAUGUUAGUUAUAUGUUAGUUAUUGUCUCAAUAAAAUUGUUCCAAUUUA